CACAACUUUGCUUGCCAGCUUUGAUCAACAAGAAGCUGUUGUCGCGCAUCCAUUCAACGUUCAUCCACACUGCACCUGGCUCAACCAGCGACAAAGUUUGUUUGGGUUUUCGUCUGUGCUGUUUGUCGUCGACUUUGGCCACUGCGUACAACCCCCUCGACAUCAUGUCAAACACGGAUCGUGGAGGCGGUCCACAGUCUGCCUCUCUGCCCAUGAACUACUUUGCUUCUUGGGAGGUCAGCAACCGGCUGAAUCCAGGCUGGGUUCCAAGGGAGCUGUUGCUGAAGAUUGACCACAUCAAGCUGUUGCAGCCAAUUGAUGUGGACAGCACUCGCCAGGAGAUCCUCAAGUUCCCAACCCGCUCCAUCGUCGUUGCUGUGUCUGCUGAGAGUUCGCGGCGCGUGCUUCGCUCGAGCGAGCUUGAUCUGGAUGCCGACAACAGACUUGAUACCGCUGUCCAUCUCUCCUUCACUCUCCCCUAUGCUCACUGCUUGAAGAAUGACCUGAGCAACAUCGUGACCAUCAGCAUCCAGCGCCGAAAGCGGUACAAGCACCGGCCCAUCAAAGGCUACAAGACACUCGGUACCAGCACCAUCAACCUGUCACAAGUUCUGCAGCACGACUUCAGCGGGCAGGUGGAGAUGGUGGAUAAGGAAGGGCGGGUCAUUGGCGUGCUUGGCAUUGAGCGUGCUGUCACCACAUCCAUCGAAGGGAAAACCACACAGGAUGAUGGCGCUGAUUCGGACGAUUCUCUCGAGGCGAGCGACAUUGAGGACGAGGACCGCGCACGCCGCCCGCAGCGAAAGCCCAUCGGCCAGCUGCGCAAGUUCAUGGCGCGCAUGAUUCACGAUCCGAUGCUGCUCUCCAAACUCAAACGGCGACGGCGCAAUCGGGCGCAUCCGCCCGAGGGCCAACAGCCCGGCACCGAGGAUGAGGAUGAUGAUGACGACGACGACGAGGCUGAAGAGCUUGACGAGAUUGCGCUGCUGGAGAUGCUGCGCAUGGGAUCCGAGGUCGCAUCGCUCUACAGCGACGAAUCAGACACAGACGACGUCCCCGUCACAAACCUGCCGUAUCUUGCGCCGUUCUACGGCCCGCGAACAGGGCGACGUGCGGGCGCGCCGGCAGCAGCGACCGGCGCGCACCACCGCCACAGCCUCGGCCAUGCACACGGCCUCGGUAUCGGGUACACGAGCCAUGCACAGCAGCAGCAACAACAACACCAAGAGCCGCAGCAGCAACAGCAACAAGAGCCGCAACAGCCACAGACACAGCAGCAACAGCCACAGCACACCGGGCGGUCUGUUGCCGCUGCGUUUUCGCUGCCGUUUGGCCAGCGCAGCCCCGCCGCACCCGCCCAGCAUGCACCCAGGACCCCGGGCAGGAGCCGCAACAAAUCAGAGAAGGAUGCAGCGGAAUCGCCCACGCGAGCGCAGCAGCUCUUCCGCGCGGGCAGCCUCACCCGACAGUACGCGUCACCGCCCAGGCAUCAGGGUCUCUCCACAUCGCCGCGCGUCUCCCGCAGCGACCUGCCGCCGCCUGCUGGCCUCGUUGCGACGGCGCCGGACGAAAUUUCCGCUGCGCUGGAGCGAAACCCGGACUGCGUUGUGGUUGGGUGCGCAUCUGACCGCAUGUACACGGCGCUGGUGCAGUCAUCCUCCCACCCGCUGCACCACGCGCUGACAGAGCGCGGAACGGCGACGGAGGCCAUUGUGCUGCCGGACGAUCCAUCCAGGGCGCGGGCUUGCAUCACGACGCUGCUGUCGACAGCGGAGAGCAUGGCCAAGGACCGGGAGGCGCGAUCGGGCGUGCGCACGGGCCUGCAGCCGGCAUUCACAUGCGUCGUGGUCACCGACGGCACGGCAAUUGCGCGGCUACUGGAUGCGAUGGUGAGCACCACGACGCGCGCCAGGUGCCCGCCCUCGUUCCGCGUUGUGCCGUCGGACAAGCAGGACCACCUGUGCCGGCGCAUCGCUGCUGUCGACAGCGAAUACCAGCUCCGCUUUGGUGGCGACGACUGGCACAUGCUGUUGUCGCACUACUCUGUGGAGGCGGCGAGCCAAGACCAGGUGCUGCAGCGGCUCAAGACGUACAUCACCACCGCCACCCGCCCGCUCUCCUUCGAGGCCGGGCAGGUCCAAGUUCAAACGGACAAGGAGGGCUCGGAGUCGCUUGUGUUUCUGUCGCGGGUGCAAUUUGGACUGGGCGAUCCAUCCGAUACGGACCUCUCCUCCUCCACGCCGCGCGAUGAUCUCGACAUUGAGCUCGACUUCAAGCCCGUGCCGCGGGAGCGGGAGGACGCAAACAUGACUGGGGUCAAAGGGACGAUCAAGGCAGUGGUGAUAGAACGUAUUCAGGACCCGUUUACGGCGGAGCAGCCGAAGCACGGGCGGCUGAAGCUUCACGUGACACGUGGCCCGCCCAAGCAGAAGAUCAAGCGGCUGAUGACCAAGAAGGAGCUGGAAGGCAACCUGGACGUGGACGCAGAGGCCGUGCUGUGCAAGCCGUCGCGCGGAAAGCCGAAGCUGUGCUUGGUCGUUGAUGGCUGCAUCUACCCCGACAUUGAUCAGUGCUACAUCACUGGUGUUCACCCAAGCACCUCCCGCCGCAUUGCCAUUGGCUCUUUCCCUCCUGCAUCCUCCUCCUCUGCUGCUUAAUCACCAGGCCCGCAGCCGUGUUGUGUGGUGUGUUGUCGGUGUGAUGAUGAGUUUGUGGCUGAGCAAGAAGAAGUGUUGUUGCUGUUGUUGUUGUUGUUCGCCGAACAUUGUUUAUGUUUUGCAUUAAACUUCUACAACAAC